ACACUUAAAUCCAUAUCUGUUCCUGAUUGGUUGAACAGCCGUUUUUCGCGCGAACGUGCAUCAAAACAAUGAAUGGGGGCCACCCAUUGAACUUACCGUACAUAGCCUAGGCUACUACGCAGUACUUACCGUACGGGCGCGGGCCGUAUACCUGUAGGCUGUAAUCUGUAUACCAUUGAAAUCUACAUGUGAACCAUUUCAAAACACACAUUUGAUGUCUUUUUGGUUUAGCCCGCCGUGCUGAAGUAAUGAACGAUGUUCAUGAUCCAGGUUCAUGUUCAUUGCUGAAGAUGGUUGACCUGUCCAUUCUGAAACAAAUGAAACUAAUUAUUACAUGUACUUCGUAAAUACAUGUGUAUAUUUUAAAAUUAGUUCUCCUGGAUUAUUGAUUUAACAAGACAGUGAAAUCUGUAAAGGGGCUCUUUUGCCCUGUCAGCCAUGCAACGACUGAGCUCUUUCUUCCGACAACUUCAUCAUCCAUUCCAUUCACCCCAUUCAUCAAUAGCGCCACCUGGCUGCAGACGGCAGCCAGUCACAGGUACCCUUGAAAGCAUACAACAAACCCAAGCUCUGAUCACUUGCAAGUCAAGUUCCAAAGUACAGAGAAGUAAUCGUCUGCUAACUCAAAGGUCAACCCCCCUGUUUGCUCAUUCACUGCCUAGCAAGUACUCCAGACAAGACAGAAAAAUGAGAGAUCUUGUAAACAUCGCUUCUUUGGGGACCAGCUCGGCCCUUGCAGCCAAUGCUUCUCCUAAGAAACCCCAGAAAGCUGCAAAACUUGAUGAUUUGGCGGCUGAGCAACCUGUUGUAGGCUCCACAGAUGAAGUGUAUCAGGAGGCCGUUCGGAAGCUGAACACGCUGCAGUCCAACGCCAAGACCCUGGAUGCGAUACGCAAGAAUCGCGACAUGGGCGCAUACAAGAACAUCCCGGACGUCAUCGACUUUGCAGCGAGGGUCGGCAUUUCGUUGGAGAGACUUGAUGAGCUUUCAUGUAUCCAUGUUGCUGGGACUAAGGGAAAGGGCUCGGUCUGUGCCUUCACUGAGAGCAUAUUACGUGCAAGCGGUUUCAAGACAGGAUUCUACAGUUCUCCGCACUUGGUUGAAGUUAGAGAGAGAAUCAGGAUAAACGGUCAGCCCCUUCCUAAAGAAGACUUUGCCAAGCAUUUCUUCACAGUUUACAGUCGACUAGAGGCAUCCAAGGACGAUUAUAAUGGCAAAAUGCCUCCUUAUUUCAGGUUUCUGACACUGAUGGCAUUCCAUACUUUUCUUGAGGAGAAGGUUGACGUUGCUAUCAUGGAAGUAGGCAUUGGUGGGGAGUAUGACUGCACUAACAUCAUCAGGAAACCAGUCGUAGUUGGGAUCACAUCGCUUGGUAUGGAUCAUAUUGGAGUCCUUGGCAAUACCAUAGACAAGAUUGCAUGGCACAAAGCUGGCAUUAUCAAGUCCGGCCGACCUGCGUUCACUGUUCCCCAACCCGAGAAGUCUAUCCAAGUCAUCAAAGAUCGGGCGAGGGAAAAACAGGCAUCUGUUCACGUAGUCCCGAGCCUGAUGUCCUAUGGUUUCCAUGGUGAUGACAUCAAUCUAGGACUUGCUGGGACACAUCAGCACUUGAAUGCAACCCUGGCCCUACAGCUGGCUAAAACAUGGGUGACAGAGGAACGACCGGGAGAGAUAGAUUUUGAUGAUGAUGACGGUGAACUGUCUUGUAAGUACCCUAGGAUCGCUGACACGUCACCUGUCACGGACGAAGUACUGAAUGGAGGAGACGUACCACAGGCUGAGCCGUUCACUUUACCCAAACAAUUUAUAAGAGGUCUGACGUCAUGCUACUGGCCCGGUCGUAACCAGAUAAUCCGGCGCGAGAAGGUCACCUACUACCUGGACGGUGCUCACACGCCUCGUAGCAUCAAGGCAUGCUGUAAGUGGUUUAACAGGAGGGCUGAAGCGGAAGCAAGAGAUCUGGAAGGGCCUGUUGCCAAGGUUCUCAUCUUCAAUACCACAGGGGACAGGGACGAGUACAGUCUGCUGCCAAAACUAGUGGAGUCUGGAUUCCACGGUACUGUCUUCUGCCCAAACGUCAUUAGUCUCUACAGUCAUGAGACAACAGCAGACACGACCAAUCAUACUACGACCACGGAGAGACAAAUGAAUAGAUGCGAAAAGAAUUACAUAGCUUUCCAGAAUCUUCUAAAACAACUUCAGACAGAUGCUGCCUCCCCUGAAACUCCAACUGCUGCUCAUGGAGAUCCAAGUCACAUUGAACACGUACAGGCCUCAGGGUCCCUCAAUCAAGUGGUACAACACUCCCCUGUUGAUCCAAUGGAUCAGCCCUCGAGCACUUGUGACCAAACAGGUGAUAGAACACUGACUAGCAAUCUGGAUAGAACUGGUUCAAACCAGUUCGUGAAUACCAAGAUAGUGAAAUUACCAUCCAUGACCGAUGCUCUACAGUGGGCCGCAUGUUGUAAAGACUCCCAUCUGAGCUCUCCAAGUAUACACGACCCCACCCCAUCAAACCAUGCAAUAUCGGCCAAUCACAUUCAAGUAUUGAUAACAGGAAGCCUCCAUUUGGUUGGAGGGGUGAUCAGUAUACUAGAUCCCAAACUAGCAUGCAUGCCGAACUCUGAAUAAUCAUCACUACUUUAGAACAUCAUUUUAUAUUCUUCAUGAACAUUUAAUAUUGAAAAAAGAGGUUCAUCUUGUUUUUAAAGAUGCCAUGGAUAAUAUCAUGUAUACAUAGUUUGUAUAUCUGGUGCUUUCUUGUACUAUCUUAUUAACAUUCUUCCAUUAACCCAGGUGAAUGAAUCAUUUAUCUAUCUAAAGCCAAAUGGAAGUAAAUUGAAGAUUUAAUAAUAAUAUUACUAAGUUAGACUUGUAUUGUGCCAAAUCCACUCUGUAGAGUGCUCAAGGCACUUAUCAAGAUUUUUUUAAAUUUUUUUUUGUAAGUUUCAGAAGUGAAACAUUUUUUUGAUUUCUUCAGAAAGGCUGUUCCAUUAAGGGAUUAGUGGACAAAUUAUCUUCCCAAGUUUUGGAAACUUUGGGGUAAUGAAAGAACUGGUAGUGGAGGAACAUAAGGAUCUUGAAGGGGUGUAGCCUUUAUUUGUUGAAAUAAAGUACUGCGGAGAAUAACCAUGCAAACAGUUGAAAGUUACAAACAAAAUAUUAAAAAUGAUAUGUUGUUUACAGGGAGCCAGUAUAAUAGACGAACCAGAUGCCCAGUAAUAUUCAGGAUUGUCCAAAGACUCUACUGCCACUAAACAGUAUUUAAAUAAAGUAUACCAAUUACCGAAACGGUUUUGAGGCCACUUGCAAGUCUUGGGAAGAGAACUUCUUCAUCAGUCAUCAUGCACAUAAAACUGGCAUACAAUUUGUGAUUUUUGUGGAGAGUCUUUAAAGUGCGCAUUUAAAUAUUCCUUUACUUGGAAAAUCUGUUACCUCUAAUUGAAACAGGUUUUUCUCCAAAUAUUACAUUUGUAAAGAUAAUUUGACUUGGCAAGUCCUAAAGUUCAAGUUAUUCUUCCAUAAAAUAUGUGCCAUUGCAUGGCUGAAUAUUAGUCUCAUAUUGUAGCUUGUCAUGUAAGUUCCAUUUUUAUACAAAAGGUUUUAACUACAGGUAGUCAUUCACCUCAAACUUUUAGAACAAACUACUGUAUAUUUUUUAGAGAAAUGAGAGAGAAUGACGUGUGUAUGUGUGUGACUUUACUUCUGUUUUGUAGAAUAUCAGUAUCAUUGUAUGGUGGUUUUAAUUUGUUUAUUGCAAUUAUUCUCACCUUCAAUUAAAGAAAGCAUAGUUGCUUGUUGAUGAUGAAGCUGUUUUUGAACCAGGAAGGGAUUAGAUAACUCGUGUUGUUGUGGGGCCAGUUGCAGGGACAGUUACGAUCAAACGCAACUUGAUUUUCAACUAAUCAAAGGCAUGUAUUCCAGACUUGUGAUUGAUUUUUGUUGAGUUGUGAUUGAAUGCAAUUCUUUCUCAAACAGGCCCUUGCAGUUGGGUGUAGGUUCAAUUCAAAGCUUAUUUCAGUCAAUCAGUCAUAAAAAUACAAAUUUUGAUAAAGACAUGGGAUUGAGAGCCCAAAGAAGUUUAAAAAACAAGCUUGUGGGUGGGGCACCACCAGGAUGGAAUCCAACUGCUGCACUUCUUUUUUUUCUCCAUUUGCCUCUCUUCACCCAAGUGUCACUCAUGUGACAGUUGAAUGUAAUUUUUUAACCCUAUGUUAACUGGGCAAUUCCAGACCAGGGUUUUAGAAUUUGACCCCAAUUCAGCACUCAAAAUGCUGAUCUUGCGAUCGCCCUGAAAAUUUGCAAGCCCGUAGAGCCAGAUGUAAACUACAAGACUGAUUAGUAAAAUUUUCAAAAGAUUACUUUUUAUUUAAUUGUUGACUUUGCUUUGCCUUAAACUCACUUUAACUAGUUAGUAGAAUGAUAAUUUAAUUUAAGGAUAUUGAUUUUGAUAUUUCUAACAAAUUCCAGGAUAAUAAUAAUUUUCUAUGUAUUUUAUUGUUUGUGAAUUUAUUAUGUAUUCCUAUGUUUUUUAACUUUAUUUUAUUGAUUUUAGGGGAAUGUUGUAAAAAACUACUCUUGACUUUAUAAUGAAUACUCCAAGAAUCCAGUUCAAUACUUGAUUUUCAAGUGCAGUUGUCUGUGGCAAAUUUUUAGAGGUUUAUGUGAAAAUAGAACAUUAUUCUUUUGUAUACAGUAUGUCUAAUCAGCAUUCAGCAGUACGCUGCACAAUAUGAUAUAAUCUUGUGUCAAUGAAAUACCAAUUGAAUAGACAACACUGUGUGAGUCUGUGUCCAUAAUACGAAAUAUCACCUCUAAUGAUAAUGUAGAAUUUAGCUUUUGAUAUGUUAAAAGAUACCUGCCUAUCUGCUAAAAAAAACAGACAUUAUUCCUAUUGCCUCAAUAUAACAUUAGAGGCCCGUAUUCCGAAGGUAGGUUUAACUCAGGCCAUGUCUAAGUCUGUGCUUAAAUUAUGGGAAGCCACAAAUGUCAACAUUUUCCUUACAUUGUAUAUUUCUAAUGAUUAAUGUGCUCUUUUCUAACUCAAGAAUGGUGAAGAAAGCUAUCUUAUUUAACCUUCCGAAAUAUUUAAGAAUGAUUUGAUAGAAAAAUGAGCUGAUACAUUUAUGACACAUUUGGCUAUCCAUAGUUAAGCCACAACUUCAAACCAGCGUUUGAACUAAACCCGACUUCAGAACACAAGCCAUAAGGUCCAAGGGGAAAGGGUCAUAAAAUAAUCCCAUAUCAAUAUCACCCGCCACUCUCAUCUCCAUGUCUACAUGUAUUUCAUGUGUCAGUCUUUGCUCAACGUGUAUGACUUCAUCCGACGGGGAAUUUCAAUUAUUGCAACUCCUCGACGAAAAAUAACUUUGGCGUAUGGCAGAUCUGCAUCUCUGCUUCAUUAGUUUCAUGCUUUGUCCGCUUGUAUGUGAAUCAUGGGUUUCUUCAAAGAACAUAUCAGCAUCCACGUUGUUGAUCCCUCUCAUGAUUUUGAAGAUCUGGGGCACAUAACACAAAGGUUAGCAAACGAUCAUACGCUUGAUUUUCACGAUUGAUUGUACGUUGUAGUCAAUGCAAUCAAUCGUAAUGAUAUUCUUCUAUGAUGAUUUCUAAGCUGUAUGUUUCGGGCCCCUGAAUGACUUCAUUGGACGACGAUCAAUCCCCAUAUUGUGGUUUUACACCUGUCAUAGCUGUCCCUAAUCGAAUACCAUAAUAUGCAAUAUCAUGCAGAUGUAAAGAGCAGUUUCUGUGGCAAGCGUCUAGGUAAGAAGGAAUUGGGGAACUUAUUUGCAGAAGAAAAUGGGGUUCUAUUUUAUAUAUAUAUAUAUGCUUCCAGAUUUGAUUUGUUUGUGCUCUCAUUGUGCCUUAAUUUGUGUUGUUUGAAACAUAUAUGAAAAUUAUUACAGUAUCUGUAAUCAUAUUUGUAAAGCUGUUUUGUACAACAAAGUCUGAAGUAGCAUGUGUUGUAGGUAUACUGAAGCUUACACUAAUUGGAAUACUGGUAUUGUUUGAUUUCUACUUUUUGUUCAGUCUAGAAAUGCAUUCAUAUGAGUGUAAAUCUAGCACAUGAGUAUAUCUCCAUUCAACUGUAUUCUACUUUGGCCUCUUUUUGAUGAUACUAUUAUCAUAUUUGAUCUCUAUUUAAUACUUUUCUGAUUAUAUACAGGUGUGGAAUGAGCAGUUCAGUGAAAUCUAUGAUUUUUUAACCUCUUGAAUACUGAAAUCUGUAUUUCCCAAAUGCUCUGUUCAGGGACUACCCAGUUUCCAUAGGCAACAGGUUAACACUCAUAAUCGAGAUAUUCUCUUUUAACUUUGUCUCUUUAAAUUGUGUGUGGUGAUGUCAUAAUAUAAUUCAACUCUGGCAGGGAAUGAAUUGGUUGAACGAUUUAUUUGAAUUAAUUACACAUUAUUCCACGUUCUGAAAAUCUGAUAUUAUGAUUUGAGUAAUAACAUAUUUAAAUUUUCGUAGCAUGCAAUUACAAUGUACAUGCAAAUACUUCCAUUAAAAAAAUGUAGCCCAAUUUUUGGGCCACAAUGUA